AUGGCGCAGGAAAAAUCAUGGCGAACACGUGGCAGUAGAUAUGAAAGUACGCUGGACGAACUGUUGGGCAUACGUUCUGGAAAAGAAAAAGAAGCCGGUGAAGCAGCAUUAACAAACCAAGCGGAACCGGCAGAGAGACCGACAACUCGUCAUGGCCGUAAUCGGGAGGCUGUUUCGGCAGUGAUGGCACUUGAACCGUCAUUUCCCAAGCCGCAUGUUAUCAAUGUAGAAUUGGUGGCUGUAUCCAGUUUACUGCGACCGUUGCUACAUCGUCUAGCCGGCUUGCCGGUAUUUCUGGCAUGCACUGAAAUCUUUGAUUAUUUUCUUCACUAUUCGCUGCGUGAAAAAAUGGAAAGAAGCGGGAAUAUAGCAUCUCUCGAAGAAGUAGGUCAAAAGAAUUUGAACAACUGA